UGCGUGCCAGAAUUUGAGCGCGUGCGCGCGUGCGCGCGUGGCAUGUCCCGCCCUGCCAUCCGUAGCACACACACACACACACACACACACACACAGAGCUCAGCUUUUCCUUCGUGAUUUGUGUGUGUGUGAGUGCGAGCUCACAAUAUUCAUCUGCUGAGGGUACAGAGGGAGGGACGGACAGAAACCACGGCUGGCGACAGAAACCAAUCAGAGCGACACAUUAGCGAAGACAUCGAUCGGGAUUUAUUUAUCUGACGGAAACCGCCAUCAGUCUGUCAAACAAUAACCUUCAGAAAUCCCAGAGAAACAUUACGCGCCGACGACAUGGCUGAUUUUAGUAUUGAUCAGAACAACCUGCCUGGCGUUAAAGAGGUGUGCCGGGACUUUGCUGUGCUAGAAGACCACUGUCUGGCCCACAACCUUCAGGAACAGGAAAUCGAGAGCCACCUGGCAUCCAACGUCCACAAGAGCCGCCUGGUGCAGCAGGACCUGCAGGUGGCCAAGCGUCUGCAGGAGGAAGAGGACAAGCGGGCCAAAGCUGAGAACCAGAGACAACAUCGCCACUUGGAACGCAUCGACAAUGAAAUGGCUCAAGAGAUUCAAGAACAACUGGUCCGGCAGGCUGAACAACAGAGGCAGCAGGAGGAGAAAGAUGAGGCCAUCGCCCGGAAGCUGCAGGAGCGAGAGAUGAAAGAGGAGAGAAAACGGCAAAAGCAUAUGGAAGGAAACCACGAGGAGUACUAUGAUGAUAAAGCCCCCCGAUUUCCACCAGACCAACGAGAGCCAAAACCCCGUUCCGCUUCUCCAGGUUACAGAAAAGAGAAGAAUCAUGACUACAAUCGAAUUCUUUCCCCGUACAACUCUCCUGAGCCUGACAGAAAAAGAUAUCCCAAUAGCCGUAGUCGAUAUCCGGAACAUGAGCCCGUUGAGUUCGGCCGAUCUAGGCAUCCGGAGAGUCCAAGCAAGGGAAGGAUCCUCGAGUACCACUCACCUGAGCGACGACCGAAAGAGAGAAACAAACCCCUCGAUCUCGAUCACACAGAACCACGUAGAAUGAAGAAGCAAGAUCAAUGGGAUGACCUGGAGCCAAUGGUUCGCCGGAAGGAGAGGCCUCCAAGGGAUUUCUCUGCCGGCCGGGACAAGGAGAGGAUCAGGGAUCGAGAACGAGAAUGGGAUGGACUGAGAGCCAAGGAAAGGUCUAGAGAUCGCAACCAGACAAGAAGUCAAGAUCGACAUUUUAGCGGUGUUGACAGGGACAGGAACGUGGACCGAAACGGCCAUGGACAUGGUAGCAGAGACAGGCAAAGAGAACGAGGCAGAGAUGGGAACAGGGGGAGGCACAGAAGCAGGGAGCGAGAACUGGACGAUUACGGUCUCGCCCCAGCUAGAGGAUGCUCAGAAGAAAGCCUGGAGUGGGAGGAUCACAAGAACAGGCCGAGGCUCCCGUCAGGUCCUAAUGAGGUGUUUGAGGAGCCCGUUCUCAGAGGUCCCUCAAGCGAGGGUCGGUCCCCUGGUCAUUCUCCCAGAGAGAGAGGUCGGAAGCCGCGAGGAGAAUAUGGCAUGAAGGAGGCAACGCAUGGACUGGCCCACUUAGAUCUACAAGACCAGGAGCUCAUAGACUUGGAGGUGGCACGCAAGCUACAGGAAGAAGAAAUUAAGGCGAGUCAGUUGGACAGACGAGCCGCUCAAGUUGCACAAGAUGAGGAAUUAGCACGACGGCUAUUGGAGGAAGAGAAAAGGGAGUAUAAGAAAUCGAGAGAUAAGGAGAAACAAGUGAUGGAGAAACGACGGCCUGAGGUGGAAUAUAAGCAAGUGCAAGAAGAAGUAGUACGACCACGCACGCGAGAAGAGCCGCACAUCAGAGAGGACGAGUACCAGAGAGCACGCAACCACAAACCCACCAGGCCGCCGCCUCCUACACAGCACUACGAGAACAUAAACCCGAGCUACGUGUACGCAGACCCGUACUCCCCUCGCCCUCCAUCAAGACCAGAGGCGGCGUACAAAGGUGCCUACUACAGACAGUGACCAUAAGCCUCCGCUGCUGUCCAAUCAUGAGUCCGUUCGGCCCUUUAUUUUGCGAAUCAGUAGAGGAGAAGUGAUUCAGAAAUACUUGGAGGCUUUCGGCAGAAGCUACUGACACUUUAUUUUAUUUUUCCUUCUUCGGGUCAUCGCAUCAGAUGAGCCGAUGUCGUCUCUUCGUGUUGUGAAAGAGUCUUUUACCCUGGAGCUACGAACUACUGGGCGACAGGGACGGUUCCUGUUUGCUUCUCAUGUUCUUGUCUUAUUGCGGAUGACUGGACAGGAAGGGAUCUACUGCACAGCUCUCUCGAAUAUCCCUUUUCUCUUGGCGUCUAUAAUGAAGUUUCGUCUUGAUUCCAUGUUGAGUUCAGGAUACAGCGGUUUUCCACUUUUUCGUUGUUUUUAUUUAACGGAAAACGUGCUUGAAUUUAUAAACGGCACACUUUUGUGCUAUAUAUUUAUUGAUUUAUUUUGAGAAGAUAUAUUUUAUUUUAUAUUUUGAUUCGUGUUUUAAAUCGCUGAUUGCUUUACCCUUUCCCCCGAUCGAUCUGAAGAGACUGUUAGCAUAAACCAGGAGCGAUCCAAUUUCUGGAGAUGCAAAAUUCCACAUAUCUCAACGUCUUAAGAAGCAGGUAUCAGGGUGAGGUUGUCGGCGCUUCUUCAUUUUGCCUUCAUAUCAUUCAUGAGAGACUCUUUACUCACACUGCGGGCUCAUGUACAGCAAGGGUUCAAGACGCUCAGCCUUCGGGUGCCUUCGUUUUUGUGAUAUUUCCCUCUUCACCUGCAGUGUCGGUAGCGAUUCUCUCAUUUUCUUCGUAGGUGCUUCAGGACCUACUAAUAUGCUCCAGUGUUCAAGUGCAUGCUGGCUGAAUGUGAACUCUAUGGGGUCUAUAUGAAUCUUGUCCAAAAAAUGGCCACUAACAUCUCUUCUACUCAUUUUUUAUUUUUAUAUAUUUUUGUUUUAUUUAUAAUUAAAUAAAAAUCCAAAAUACUAGUUUUAAGGCAUGUAGUAGCAUUGCUGUUGGCACAGAUGUAAACGGUUUUCUCGCUUGCUGCAUCGUAUGCAAUUCAUGCUAAUAUAUAAGUGUUCGGAUUUGCAGUGCUUUGCAUUUGGUGGCAAACUUACUUUAAGCAGGGACAUAAAAACUGACCAGCAAAAAGAUCAAGGCAGCAAACAAGUGACUAUGGCGUUUAUCUGGCACUUUCUAUGAAUAGAGUACAAAACAGGGCCUGAAGCUCUGAGGAAAACAAGUUACAUGUGUGUUUCAGCAAAAGAUCAGUGAGUUGUUGUUUUUUUGUUUUUUUUACUUACAACUUUUAGAACUUGUCUAAAUCAAAAUUUAAAAACUAAUUUGUCCAAUUUUUAGCAAUUGUUUAUUUCUUACAGAGAGCAUAAAAUAAACUGAUUACAAAUUUUAAAUGUCUGAACUAAAAAUAUACAAAAAAUCAUUGGUUGGAUUUUGCUAAUUUGAGACCAAAUGCUUUUUUUUUUUGUGAAAUGAAUCAAAAAUAAGUGUGCAACCUUUAGAAAAGUGUUGUUUUGCUUUGCUUUUUUGUUUGCUUUCCGUUUUCCCACUGCAUUUCUUUGUUUUUUGCGUUUUAUUUUUUUUUUGCAUUGUUUUGAUUUUUGGUUGUGUUCUGAUUUCCCACUGCAUUUUGUUUGUUUAUUUAUUUUAUUUUUGCAUUGCUCUUUGUUUUUUGUUUUUUUCUGUUGCUUUGGUUUGUAUAGUUUUUUUGUUUGUUUGUUUGUUUUGUUUUUUGUUUUGUCUUGCAGUUUAUUAUUUGCGGUCGCCAUAAUUUUGGUCGUUUACAUUGUGUAAAUACAAUGUAAAAACAAUUUGUGUGGGUGUUUAUUUCAAGCAAACAGAAAAAAAUAAAAUAAAAUAAAAAAUAACAUUUUAAAAAGUAUAGAUGAACCAUGUUGCACAUUUUGCUUAAAUUAAUUUUAUAAUUCGGUUAGAGUUCACUAGUUGGGCACCAAAACCAAUUGUUUUUUUAGUAAUUAAAAUAGAUUUAACAGUAUUAUGAUGCUUUUGUGUGAUAUCAAAAUAAUUUGAUGUUUUUAAUGCUAGCUAUAAAAUCAUUUAUCUAGCUUGUAUAACAGUUUACUCCCAAGUACUCCUUUUUUUAUUUAUUGCUUGAGAAAAAACCAAUUUUGCACCCUUUUUAUGGAAAGUGCCAUAUGCUCAUCACUUUAUCAGGGCUUUUUUUUCUCUCUCUUACUGUUCAGUCAUGGCUUACAUUACAUAUUCCUGUCAAAAUGUGUUUUAAAGGGAUUACAUUCCGCUUGGCUUUUGGGAAUGGGAAUAUGAUUGUGCGGGCUACAUGUAGCAUCCUGUACAGAUACAACUAAAGACAGCAGCUACUUUUUGUAUCGCAUUAGUGCCUCUAUAAGACCAGUGUUCGACUAGUGCUGAACGCUCCCAUCUUUUGCUGUGGAGAAUGACAAUAUGCCAGUGUCGGUGCAUUCCAAUGAAAGGCAUGGCCUGAAAUGUGUCCAAUAAACAUGUAGGGAAAAUAUCUUCUGUUGCCAUGCUGCUAUGCUUAAAAGGUGAUUUAAGAACAUUUUCUUGUGGAAUUGUAUUACUGAAUCAGUUUUGAAUCACUUUACGUGUGUGUUUUAGUGAUGAAUGUGCAUAUAUAUCUCUCUCUCUUUCAGUGCUGUGUCAAUCUAGAGCAUAUCACGGUGCGCUGUAGUAUUUGAAAACAAUUGUACUCUACAAUUCUGAUACUAAUUGGCUGGAUGGGUUUUGUGCCAAAUGUCAUUCAACAUUCAGGGAUUUAAAAAAAGCAUUGCUAUAAAACUGUCAAUAUCUGAUGGUCUUGUGAUUUGAGGGACAAGCAACUGGUUUACAAAUGUUUUGCUUGAGGCUGUAAACAAACAAAUUGAAGUUUUAGCACCUGAUAUGCUGUUGUAAAUGUGUGUGUGUGACAGAGCGACAGAGACGUGAGCAUUUUUCACUCAACGUACGAAGAUGACGUCCAUGCCAGUUUGUUUUACAAUCAACUGCUGCUGGAAACGUUUUGUUACCGGCGAAAGUGUUUGUAUCUUGCACAUUCUCAUAGCUUCCACUGGCCAACUGUAAAUACCAAAUAAAUGACUUUUAAAGGGUAUGUUUGUGUCUGUCGAGUG